CUUUUACUAAUUUAUUCAUUCCGAGUCAAUUUCUUGCCCCAACUGGAUCUACCUGAACGGAAUACCUUAACUUUUCAACGAAAAAUGGGUGACUAUAGUUACAGUGUCCUUAUCAUAGGAGACACGAGUGUUGGCAAGAGCGCACUCCUUUGCCGUGCCACGGAGGACGACUUUUACCCCAAUUACUACUCGCCCGCAAUCAUUGACCUCAAACAUUACACUGUUCAGUUGCACGAAAAGAAAAUUCUCCUAACCAUUGACGACGUCGCCGGUGAGGACCGCUUCCGUACCAUUCAGGAAGAUUUUUGUAGCAAAGCACAGGGAGUCAUCUUGGUUUUUGAUACCACAUCUCGCAGCAGCUUAGAAAACUUGUCAAAUUGGGUGUUGACAUUCAGCAACGUCUGCCCCAAGGAGGUCAACGUUAUUCUGGUGGGCACCAAGUGCGAUGAGCUGGAGGAGCGCCAGGUGACCCAGGAGGAGGCAGCCAAUCUCGCUGAUCAGUUUAACGUCACCUAUAUCGAGGCAUCGGCCAAGACGGGGUCCAAUGUGAAGAAUGUCUUCAAUGUCAUGGCAGUGGAACUCUACUUCCGCAAUGUCCUCAAGCGCGUGCCGCCACCAUGGCCAGAAUCCAGCAAAAUGGCUAUUGCAGUGGCUCUGGACGAAAGCCUAGUCCAUGGCGGUGGCGAUGCAGAGGGAGCAGGAGAAGGCGGAGAGGGAGAUGGGGGCAAUGGCGAUAUACCGAUCGAAGAUGAGAAUAUAGCUGGUUUGGAGAACGAGACGAUUCCGAAGGAAUAAUUCUUUCAAAUUUAAUAACGAUUUAUUUAUAUUUUGCUCCUUUUGGAAGUGAUUAUUAUUAUUGAUUGUAUUCUGACCUUCUUAGACAAAAACUAUAUCACACACAGAGCAAUUAUAAACCAUCAAUCAGCUAC